AUGGCAGCUGUACACGUCCUCGACGACUAUUAUCUUGCCAUUACCUUCCUCGUCACUGUUGCAUACCAGCUGUUGUUCUUUGCGAUUGCCUUCUCGUUCAAGUUCGACAAACUUACCGAUUUUGCUGGUGGCACCAACUUCAUCCUUCUUGCUAUAAUUACGCUCUCCUGCAGUGAGAAUCGCGGUGAUGCGCGCAAUAUUGUAGUAUCGCUGUUUAUUAUGCUAUGGGCAGCGAGACUAAGCGGCUUCCUCCUCUUCAGGAUCUUGAAGACUGGAAAAGAUGAUCGCUUCGACGACAAGAGGGACAAGUUUUGGUCAUUCCUCGGGUUUUGGAUAUUUCAAAUGUUCUGGGUCUGGACAGUGUCUUUACCAGUUACCAUCCUGAACUCGCCAAAAGUCACGCAAUUCGAUCAGCCAGGCUUUGGAACGGGCCGGGACAUCGCGGGCAUUGUUCUCUGGUCUAUCGGCUUCAUCAUGGAGAGUGUCUCCGAUAUCCAGAAGUACCGGUUCCGUACCGCUCAUGGUAGUGACGGUGCCGUCUGCAAUGUUGGAUUCUUCUCCUGGACCCGACAUCCCAAUUACUUCGGAGAGAUCAUCAUUCAGUUCGGUAUCUUCAUGAUUGCUAUAUCUCCUGCAGCAUACAACUACGUCUCUGGUGGCGCAUACAACGCGCUAUAUGCGUCUAUCCUCGGAGCCUUCUUCUUGACCUUGCUACUCAUGUUUGUGUCCGGUCUGACCCUCCAAGAACGUCCCGGCGCAAAAAAGAGAUAUGAGAAAGGUACCCAAUGGCCUGCGUACGAGCGAUAUCUCCACCGGACAAGCAUCCUCAUUCCCUUUCCACCCCAGCUAUAUGCGAAGAUGCCGGUCAUUUUGAAGAGGACCAUCUUCCUUGAGUUCCCAAUCUAUGUCUUCGAUCCUGCGAAGCAUGCGGAUCAAGACAAGGUGCAAGCUAGAUGCGCGGAGGAAGGACAGAGCAGGCCCAGCGACGAGCAAGGUGCCGGCAACAUCGGCCCCGACACCAACGUCUACACUGACGGAGGUCUCGUUCGUGAAGGCAUCCAAGGCGAAUCUCUCGAUGGAGACUUCUCCACUGGCCGUGGGGGAGCUGGCAACAUUGGAAAGUCGCCUCGCGUUGGGCCGCAGUCUGACGAAGGUCGUCGCUCGGUAGACAUGGUCCCCGAGAUCAACCAGCGCAGCGCGCAAGACGAGUUCCACACUGGCCGAGGUGGCGCCGGAAACGUCUACAAGGAGAAGCAUGGCGGCCACAGCUCCUCGCCCGACCGCAAAGGUUUGGGCGAGAAGGUCAAGGAAGUACUUCAUUUGGAUAAGAAGAAGGAACAUGAGCCUUCUCCUUUGGCUCAAAACUCGACCACGAACUAA